AUGAGACAGGUAAUGGGUCUCACAAACUUAAUAGUAUCAUCCAAUUCAGUUUGGGACGGGAGGGAAGCCAUACCGAAGUUAGAUUACCCACAGGAGAGAACCCACCUCAGUGAAAUAUAAAUAUCUUCGACAAUGUUAAAGAAAACUAGCAAUAUAGAAAGAACACCAUAAACAAAAUUAGUUCAAAAAACACCACAGCCUCAGCCACCACCACUUACUGAAGCUUUGAGUCCCCGCUCAAUCUAUCAGAAGCUUUGUUGACAUGUCGAAUCAUCAGCAUACUACUACCUCAUCAUCACUAGAUUCCACUGGCCCAGUCUCCCGGUGCCCCCCUAUCGUCCUCAACCCAGACGGCACGAUCACGCGGGUCCACCAAAUCCCAGGCGUUCCGGCAUCACCCGAUCCGACCUCCUCCGCUGCUGUUCUCUCCAAAGACGUCCCUCUAAACCCACAACACAACACCUUCCUACGUAUAUUCCUGAGCCGCCAAGCACUAGAUCAUGGCUCCUCCACCACAAAGCUCCCUCUCGUCGUUUACUUCCAUGGCGGCGGCUUCGUCCUAUGCAGUGCAUCCAUGGGCAUUUUCCACAAUUUUUGCGUUGAAAUGGCCAUCCAAGUUGGAGCCUUGAUUGUAUCAGUUGACUACCGUCUCGCUCCCGAGCAUCGCCUCCCCGCGGCCUACGAUGAUGCCAUGGACGCGUUGCAUUGGAUCAGCACUUCCAACGACGAGUGGUUACGUCGCUUCGCUGACUUUUCUAACUGUUUUCUCAUGGGCAUUAGUGCUGGUGCCAACAUAGCCUACCAUGCGGGACUACGUGUAGCUGCGGAGGUUGAUGAUCAUGUGCCGUUGAAGAUCAGAGGGCUGAUAUUGCAACAACCUUUUUUUGGUGGGUCCGAGAGGACCUCAUCGGAGUUGAGAUUGAUCAAUGAUCAAUGGUUGCCGUUGUCUUCAAGUGAUCUCAUGUGGGAACUGUCUCUGCCAAUUGGAGCUGAUCGAGAUCACGAGUAUUGCAAUCUGACCGUCAGUGGUGAGUCAAACUUUGUUGAGCAGCUUAGGAUGCUGGGAUGGAAGGUUAUGGUGACGGGCUGUGACGGAGACCCGUUGAUUGACCGUCAGAUGGAGUUGGUCAAGGUCUUAGAAAAGAAGUGUGUGGCUGUGAUAGGUUCGUUUCACGACGGGGGCUAUCAUGGUGCGCAGCUACUAGAUUCUACCCAAGUGAAGGCUAUUUUCGCCAUUUUGAAAAACUUCAUAUAUUCAUCCGAUGGGAGGCUCUGAAGUAUUAUUAAUAAAAAUCUUUCUCCACACUCAUAUAAUUGUUUUGGAGAUAUUUGGUCAAUCUUUCCGUUGGGUUUAUCAAUAAUAAUGGUCAAGUUAAUCCAAAUAAAAAUAAUUAACGGCCUAGUUGGUUUGGUUAGAUUUUUUUGCAUCUCGCUUACUAUUGGAGAUUAAUGGUUAGAAUUAGAGUUUAUCUCUUUCAAUUUGGAAGUUUUUUUGUAUUAUUUAUGUGUUGUAUUUGAUUUUCAUCAUUAUAAUUAUAAUUAAUGUAAUUUAUUGAGUUUUAUUGUA